AUGAUACUGCCAUUACUGGAACGUCCUAUUACGCUGGGAAUCUUCUUUAUUAAUGGAUUGUUUAUCCUUUUCGGUGUUGCCCUUAUUGCAUUGGGGACGUUUGGAAUUAUCGAUAGCGCAAACGAAUCGGAGUUAACUGGAUCAGCAUUAUAUACAUCUGGGCUCUACAUGCUCAUAUUUUUCGGGUUGAUUAUUUUAUUCCUAGCUGUUGGUGGUAACGUGGCUGCAGAAAAGGAAAAUCGAUGUCUUCUAGUUACAUACUGUGUAGUAAUAUGCAUAACAAUAUUCUUUCUAUUUAUAUCCGGAACAAUGGUUCUCGCUUUCAAAGACUCGCUUGGACAGGGUGCAAAACAACUAAUGGUUAGCAGCUUGAGAAACCAAUACGGAAGAUAUAAAAUAAUCACUGACGCCUGGAACGCAACUCAAAGUCGUCUGCGGUGCUGCGGUGUUGAAGAUCUUGGCUGGCAAGUUUACAAUGAUUCGUGGUGGGAUGUUUUUGUCAACACGGAUAUAUACGAAAGAAAUACCAAAUUAUCAAGAUCCAGUCCGUUUUAUAAAUUCGUACCUGCGUCAUGUUGUGUAACUGUCAUCGAUGGGAUUACCGGCUGGUCCACCAACAGGUACUUAGAUCUCCAUCGGUGUAUGACAUGGCAAUACGGUCCACCAAGUUUCCCAUCCGGACCUCACAAUGAUGCUAUUUACUAUGCGGGAUGUUUCAACAGACUUCGUGAUUAUGUGAAUCAAUACGGAAAAGCAAUGGGUUAUUGCGCUGGUCUUGGCCGUCAUGCUACUUCGUGGAUCGAGGUGGCCAAAAAGAAUCAGACACACAAAGGGAGAUCAAACAUAUGUAAAUGUUACCUACUAAACAUUCUGGUUACCGCUUGUGGUAGGACUUGUGAGUCCUACAAAAUAAACAGUUUGUUAGGAUUUCUCACAACUUCGAUGCCCCUGAAUGCAUUCGGCAUAAACACACUACCCGCUGGCGUACAGAAACUGUUUCAGUCGAAUGAAAAGUAGCGGACUCUAUGUACUGCACCAUUGCAAAUAAAAGCCCUACA